AUGGGGGACACACGGCGGGAGCCCAUGCGGGCUCACAUCCUGGCAUCGAUCAAUCCGUUUGUCGAAACGAGUGCACGCCGGCCACGACGGGAGGACGAAGCCGGCCGACAUUCUCAGGGCCCGAGCGAAGGCAGAAACGAGGAUGCUGGCCAGCGAGAGCGUCGAAGCAGACUCGAGACGGAUGGAAGGGCGGACGGUAGCCGAGAAGGCAGCAGGGUAGGGGACGAAGCAGACAGAGAUGCGGAGCAGCAGCCCAACGACACAGACAGCCGCAGCAGCCGACACGAACAUCGACACAAACAUCGACACAAACAUCGACACGAGCAUCGACACCACCGGACGAAGCGGCGCAGUUCACGGUCGCCGUCGCGGCGGCGGAAGCGUCGACACGGCGAGGACGGGCGUCCGAGCACGGCGGCGGCGGAGGAAGAGGAUCCGUACGCGGACCCGCCGCUGGACCCGGACGCGGCCUUUCGCCAGUCGCUCUUUGACGCCAUGGCCGACGACGAGGGCGCGGCCUACUGGGAGGCCGUCUACGGACAGCCGGUGCACGAGUAUGCGCGUGAGGCGAGGCAGAAGACGGCCGGACCAGACACCGAUGGCCUAGCCGCCAUGACGGACGACGAGUACGUCGACUAUGUGCGUCGCCGCAUGUGGGAGCGUUCGCACGAGGGCCGUCGCGAGGCCCGCGAGGCCCAGAAGCGCCAGAAGGCGGCCGACGAGACCCGUGAGCGCGAGCGCGAACGAGAACGACAACGACAACGACAGCGCCAGGAUGCCGACGCCGACGCCGACCGCCGUCGCUGGGCCGAUGUCGAGAAAAGCCUGCGGCGUGGCGAUGCACGACGGCAACGACGGGCUAUACAGGACCGCCAGCGCCGCUACGUCGAGGCUUGGACCGCCUGGGAGGCGGCCCCGUCGGCGACGACCAUUCCGUGGCCGGUCGUUCUGGAUGGUGGAACGAACAGACCGACGGGCGAGGAGCUGGCCAAAGAGGCAGGCGCCUUCUUUUCCUGCAGCCAAGACGACGACGACGCGGCCCUCCGGCAACUGCGCGACGAGCGCGUGCGCUGGCACCCCGAUAAGAUCCAGCAGCGGCUCGGCGGCAGCGUGGACGCGGCCGUCAUGCGCGACGUCACGGCCGUCUUCCAGGUCGUCGACAAGCUCUGGGCCGAGGCGCGGACGCGUCGGUGA